UCUUUAAUAGGUUCCAAAGGUAUGAGUGUGAUGACCGUUUCAAUGCAGACUUUUAUCUUGUUUUUUCAUUUCAUCGUCUGUUUGAAGUCAGAGGCUGUGGGAGGAUAUGUUUACUACCCUACUUUAAGCAGACAUUGUAUCCCGUAUCUUAAUUGUGAACCAGGUAAUGAGAUACAACCUUGUACCGACAAUUACAUGCACGAUCUAUGUAAACCCUGUAAGUCAGAUAUGGUACAGCCCGAUCUGAUCUCCUCCACUGAAAACAUUAGUAAAUCUUUAUGUUUUCAACCAAGAAGCGAAUGUCUUGCAAGAGAUUUAAUACACAGCCGCACGGAAAAAGAUGUCUUUUGUAACAGUUUGAAAGGGUGCAAAUGUGACACAACAAAAUGUUACUUUGGGGAUCCCUGUCUAUGUGACAGCAACAAACCUUGUGCAGUAGGACACACAAUGAAUGAGAAAGGAGUUUGUAGCCCAUGUCCAAAAGACACCUUUAAAAAUGAGACAGGAUGCGGACCAUGCAGACGUAAAAUUAGUGUCGACUUCAUGCCUAAGAAAAACAGUCAAUCAUUACAAACUGAACACCACAUGAAUUCGGAACCACAACAACAGCUAUCGACGGACACUUUAAUUAAAGUUUCCAAGUUAAGAAGUAGUAAAGCCGCACAGAAGGACAAUUCAAAGAUGUUUAUUAUAAUCGCAGUACUUGGAGUGUCUCUGGUAGUGUUGUCAGUUUUUAUCAUAACUAUAUGUAAGCGAAAAAAUGGAAUAACCUUAUCUGGUAGCAUCAGUCUUACAGAUGGUAAAAGACAAGACAAACAACGGGAUGGAAGACGCAUUCCUCUCCAUGAUCAACUACCUUUAUUGCAUGGAAAUCAAGGUACACAACAAGACAAACAACAGGAUGGAAGACCAGUUGCUCUUUGUAAUCACUUUCCUUUAUUGCAUAAAAAUCAAGUACAUACCAUAGGAAAUCAGACUCUUGACAGUUACCUAAAUAAUAAGUAUCUGCCAGAAUAUUCUACUGAAGGAAGUAAUUCGGACCUGAUUUCUGGAGUUUCAGGUUUCAAAGAUCUGGACCAUGUUGGAUGGGAUGGAUCAAUCGAGGAACAAAUUGACAAUUUAAAACUGCAAGUAUUUUCGAUUAACUCAGAAGGACAUCAAACAACCUUACAAAGCAACAGACGUAUUCUUCGAAAAAUACCAACUGAAUCAGAGUACAAAAAUUAUGUGGCAACGGUUCCGAUGUCUGAUUUGGAUGAAAAGGACGAAAAUUAUAACAAUGUCUUAUCAAAUAGUGUCAUCACAUCAGGGAACACAGAUGCUGAUGAACACUUUGGAUUUGCGUAUCAACAGAAAAGAAUUCAUUCCUAUAUUCAGCAAGGAUCUGUCGAUGAACCUGCCAAUGACAGCUAUUCAAGUGGAUACAAGUCUAGCAUUUUAAACUACGCCAUGGACAAUAAUGAUCCAAUGUCCGGAAGCUUUAUCACUAUGCACUCCCCUGUCUUUGAUAGUUUGGCAACAGAAGAAUUACCAAGUUCAAUUGAAACCUAUACAUUCAACAUGAAUGGAAACAACGGAUUCUGAACACCAAUCAUCCUACAACGUUGUGUCAUGCAAACGUUACAAGUCCAGCAUUCGAUUGAAAACGUUUGAAACUGUUUUUUACAAUUUUGUUGAUUAUGCCAUACUGGAACAAGAACGUUUUUAGCGCUUAUGUUGUUUGCUUUCUUUUAUUAGAUCUAUUUUGUUGCAGGUUCCCUUGUAUUGCUUACGAUAAUUUUACGAAAAACAGAAGGAAUGUUUGAAUAAUCACAUAUAGUUCAUAGUUUUAACAGUUAACCAUGUAAUAACGCAUAGCAAGAUUACAGGAAGUACCAAUCAUAAUUGGAAACAGUAUGUAUAAUCAAGAUUACCAGACUUGGUGCAGGCACAUCGUUUUGGUGGGUUUAACAAGAUUAACGUGCGCCCAAACUUCCCAUUUUCAAAACUGGAUCAUGUGUCAUCAACAUUAAAACCUGCUCAGUAUAGCUACCAAUGGUUGCAAGAGAGUAGACAGUUAGAUAAUAGUUCAUUUGUGUUAAUUAGUAGAUAAUCUGUUGUUAACUGUUAGCGAUAGUAUUUAUUGAAAUAUAGUUGUGUAUUGUAUUUAAUUGUAAAUACGAGAGUAAAUAAUUAAUUGUUGUAAUUGCAGAAAUCCCAUUGCUUCAUUUGAUUUAAAUAAACUCAUCAAAUAUACAAAAUUUAGAGUACAAACGAAACAAAAAUUAUCAAGAUCUCAAAUUAAGUAAACAAUUUGUUAUUCGGUAAUUCGGUAAUCAACAUACAUGUACGCAUAUACCUGGUUUUUUUACUUGGACGACUACAAAGAGCUAUAAAUCAAGGCACAAAUAUACAUACUUCAUUGAUGUUUUAAAUAGAAAAUAUCAAAAUUGAUUGAAAAGACAAAUCAAGGUAAAAAAACAACCAAAAAAAAAACAGAUGGAAUCGCAUGAACUCCUAAAGGAGCGAGUCAGGUUUGUCGACAGGAUAAGAUGCCUGCAUCACUCGCAAUACAAAUCCACACUAUGUCAAAAUGUCACAAAAGGGGAAUAGGGUACGAGCAGUUAAAAUACACGUCAGCCGACUUUUCUGUCAUCUAAAGAUUUGUGACUGCGAAAACAUAUUGCUGUAGAGAUAAGACACAGACAUAUUGUAUCGGUCAACCAAUUUGUUAUAGUGACUGUAAGAUUCAAAUAGUGUCGAUUACGUUUUACUGUCGAACAAAGAACCCCUGCUUUGAACUAGACAAUUACAAGGUACAUUGCGACAAUGUUGAGUAAAAGGCCGUGAACAUACAAAGUUUCAAGAAGAGUAAUGGAUCAGUAACAAUCGAAACGAAGAACAAUCGUCCAUUGGGUUUGAUGAAAUUUUGUUAAAUGGUUUCAUUUGUUUUCUAUUUAUCAUGUUUUUCAAGGUAACAUGUGGAGACAUGGCGAAAGUAGAAUUAACAAAACAAAAAGUAGAUUUAUCCUAUAGCACAAAUAAAAAGUAUACAAAUACUA